AUGCUGCUUUUAGCUUCAGCUUUUGUUCUAACACUACUGCAGUGCUCUAAUGCCCAAAAUGAAAUAAGCAUUACACCUGCAGACUGUAACACCAUUGAAACAGAUGCAGGAGUGGCCCUGGAUUUGGUCAACAGACAUCGCAGAGAUGGUUACGUAUUCGGUUUGUUCCGUGUUGCUGAUGCACAUGAACUACAUUUAGGAAACUCAACAGUCCUCUACCUAACUUUGGAUGUGCUGGAAACGGAAUGCUCUGUCUUAUCCAGAAGACACUGGGAGUCCUGUGACUACAGUGACACCUAUCCAAUGGACUUUGGGCAAUGUAAGAUUAUCACAUAUACAAACCAUCUGCUGAAGAAACCUCAACUAUAUGGAUUUAAUUGUACAUUAAGUCCAGUUCCACCUGACUUAGUAGAGUGCAAAGAUUGUCCUGUGAAACUUGAAGCCUUAGAAGUCACUGAGGAACACAAAGAUAUUGCUGCAAAGGCCCUGAGGAAAUUCAACAGUGAAGGUAACCACACAAACAAUUUCGCUGUGGACAAAGUUGAAAGAGUUUUAAAGAUGACUGCCUCCCGUGAAGGUCACAUUUUAGGAUUCUCUAUAAAAGAGACCAACUGUUCAAAAUCUACGCAGGAAACAGAUCAGGCACUGGAAUGUGAUUUUCUGCAUGACUGGCACGCUCACACUGGAUUCUGCAAGGCAAGAGUUAUCAGUGAUGCAGAUGAAGCUGAUGGAACAGAUAUAAGCUGUGAAAUCUACCAUCCCUGGCACCAUGGCUGUGGGCGGAGAGGGAGACAUUCAGCCUUGGGACAUCCACACAGACAUCACCAUUUUGGUCACAGACAUCACCAUAAGCAUCACCACAGACAUGAAUGUCCCUCCUCUUCUCAGUCCAGACCUGAAGACCCUGAGCAUAACCCCAAAUCCAGCAAGGAAGAUGAAGACAGCAACAAAGAACUUUCUUCUCCCCCUCCUCCUCAUGAUGAACCACAUCAUCAUCCUACUCUACCUCCUCAUGGACCAGACCAUGACCACCCUCCUCACCACCAUGGACCACCCUGUCCUCCUCCUCAUGGACCACAUCAUGACCACCCUCCUCACCACCAUGGACCACCCUGUCCCCCUCCUCAUGGACCAGACCAUGACCACCCUCCUCACCACCAUGGACCACCCUGUCCCCCACCUCAUGGACCAGACCAUGACCACCCUCCUCACCACCAUGGACCACCCUGUCCCCCACCUCAUGGACCAGGUCACCAUCACCCUCCUCACCAUCAUGGACCACCCUGUCCCCCUCCUCAUGGACCAGGUCACCAUCACCCUCCUCACCAUCAUGGACCACCCUGUCCCCCUCCUCAUGGACCAGGUCACCACCACCCUCCUCACCAUCAUGGACCACCCUGUCCCCCUCAUCCAGGACAUCCUCCUCAUCACUAUUACAGACAUCAUCACAACAAGACAAGCAUAUCAGGGAAGUACUUUCCAUGCCAGGUAACAGGAGCUUUCUAUCGCAUCCCAGUUCUAAAUCAGCAGGAUUCUCUCACACCUCCCACUGCAAACUUUUCUAAACUAUCCCAAUGCAACCUUCAUUUUUCCAGCACUGGCUCAAAACUAAAGGAGAUGGCAGAAUUUCCAGGUUUUCCAGAUCACCCUACACAAUCAAAAUCAUGCCCCGGAAAACCCAAACUUGACCUUCCAAAAAUUUUGCCUUUAUUUCCUCAUAGCUUUGUAACAGAAAAUUCUCCUAUAUGACCUCAGAGAAAGAUGUUCCUGGCUCAAUAAUUUCAGGGGCAACCACAGUCCUACAGUCAAUGAAAACAGCAGAUGGAGAAGUGGGAAAAGCAUUCUGUAUCUAGGAAGGAGAAUCACUGAAAAUAUUCAUUAAGUAUUUCAACCUACGUCUUCAUCAUGGCUACCUCAAGCUCCACCGUAACUGAAAGGUUCAAACUUCUGAGUCCCUCACAUAAUGGGUAAAAAUGUCCUCAGAAAACAAUGUUCUUUCAUUUCUAACACAAAGGAAAAUUCUCUAAGAAUGCAAAUUACCAUCUAUAAUUUUUUUUUCAUAAUUCAUAAUUACAAUGUACUUCUCCAAGGAAUCUGACUUAGAGGAAAUUUGACUGUUUUCCAUAAAAAAGUAAUCCAUGACACUACAUUCAUGCUUUAUACAGAUUUAUAGAAAAUAAAAAUGCAAGCAUUUUUUUCUUGA